AUUUCUUCCUUUAAAAACAACGUGUCGCUGCAAGAUUCGGGGGAAAAAUGGGCAAACCAAAACACAUGACGAACAAACAGAACCCGUUUGCGAAGAAGAAACGUAACAACAAGGAAAAGGCCGCUGAACCUCCGGUGCGUCGUGACAAGCCGUACGAAAGCAUCGUGCUGGAGAAUGAAUCGUUCGAGACAUACUACAAGCACCAGCAGAUCUGCGGCAACGAUGCCGAGUGGGACCAGUUUAUGGCGCACAUGCGAAGAAACCUUCCGGUAACGUUCCGUAUCACCGGCUCGAAGGCACAGGCCCAGCUGCUGCUGAAGCUGAUCAAGGAAGACUUCUUCGAAGAGUACUUCCGGGCGGUGAAGGAGCUGCGCAAGGAAGAGCCGGACGCGCUGGUUGAACCGCCCCGCUGCCUCGAGUGGUAUCCGCGGGAAAUGGCCUGGCAGCUGGAGCUGUCGCGCAAAGACAUUCGCCGGUCCGAGCCACUGUUCAAGCUGCACAACUUUCUCAUCUCGGAAACGAGCUCGGGCUACAUCAGCCGGCAGGAGGCGGUCUCGAUGAUACCGCCGCUAGUGCUGGGCGUGGAGCCGCACCACAAGGUGUUGGACAUGUGUGCGGCACCCGGUUCGAAGACGGCACAGCUGAUCGAGUCGCUACACGCCGGCGACGGUGGCACCAUACCGUCCGGGUUCGUCAUGGCGAACGAUGUGGACAACAACCGGUGCUACAUGCUGGUGCACCAGGCGAAGCGUCUCAACUCGCCGUGCUUUGUGGUAACGAACGGGGACAGCUCGACCUUUCCCUCGAUGCAGUACACGAAGGACGACGGUACGGUGUCGCCGCUGAAGUUCGAUCGGGUGCUCUGCGACGUGCCCUGCUCGGGCGAUGGAACGCUGCGGAAAAACGCCGACAUCUGGAACAAGUGGAACCUGGCCCAGGCGUCCAAUCUGCACGGGCUGCAGUACCGCAUACUGAAGCGCGGGGCCGAGCUGCUCGAGGUAGGCGGCAAGCUCGUCUACUCGACCUGCUCGCUGAACCCGAUCGAGAACGAGGCCGUCCUGCACCAUCUGCUGAAGGAGUCGGACGAUUCGCUGGAGAUUGUCGAGUGCAGUGGUGCGCUGCCGACACUCAAGUAUUCCACCGGUCUAACCUACUGGGAGCCGGCGUCGAAAGAUUUAACGUUCUACAAAUCGUUCGAGGAGGUGCCCGAAUCGCAGCGAACCGUUCUGCGGCCCGGCAUGUUUCCACCGCCGAAAGAGGAAGCCGUGAACAGGUAUCAUCUCGAUCGCUGCCUGCGCAUCUUGCCGCACCAGCAAAACACGGGCGGCUUCUUUGUGGCGCUGCUCGAGAAAAAGAAAGCCCUGCCCUGGGAAACGGUCACGGCGGUGGUGGGGGCGGACGGACAGGAAUCGUCCGAAACUGCCAUCGUGGAACCGCCGCAGAAGAAAACGAAGUACAUGCGUGGGUUCAAGGAAGAUCCGUUCGUGUUUUUCGACGAGAAGGAGGAGGUGUUCGACUCGCUCAACAAGUUCUUCCAGCUUAGUGCAGACUUUGAGCCGCGCAAUCUACUUACGCGAUGCAAGGUGGGUAAGAAGAAAAAUGUGUACUUCUGCUCGAGCAUUGUGCGCGAUAUCGUGCAGCUGAACGAGAAGCGCAUAAAGAUGAUCAAUCUCGGCGUGAAGUCGUUCGUACGCUGCGCCACACGUAACAUCGAGUGCGACUUUCGGCUCGCCAGUGAAGGGCUGGCCAAUGUAAAUGCGUACAUUGGCAGUCAGCGUCGCGUGAUGGUGCAGAAGCAGGAUUUAAUCGCGCUGCUGUCAUGCACCGACCCUACCAGACCGCCCGAAAUUUCCUCCCUCACUGCUGAAACGCAGAAGAACCUUCAGGGUGUUGCGUCCGGCAGCUGCGUACUCGAAUGUAUGGUAGAGGAUGUAAAACUAGCCACGGUCGGAUGGAAGGGAGCGAUGAGCCUGAGGGCGUAUGUUGAUCAGUACGAUACGGUGCACAUGCUCCGGCUGCUCGGUGGAGAUCUUACGAAAUUCGAAAAAAAUAAAUUCCAAGACAAACGUGACGCAGUGGAAGCCCAGGAGGACGAUGAACAGGAAGCGAACGACGAUAUGGCUGCCGACGAUGCCGAGUCAGCAGCCGUGCAGGAGGAAUCUAACGAGUAGUAGAGUAUAAGCACUUUUAGUGGACGUACAAAAACAAAUUACCCCUCAAAUCAUUUAUAUACUUGUUGAUAAUAAAUCGCCUUUCUACAUUUAUUAUUA